AAUUUUUUGUUUAAAACAAAAAAGUAUUUAAAAUAUAAAAAAGUUAAUUUUUGUUAAGAAAAAAUUAGAUAUUUUUUUAAAAUUUUUAGAAUAAAAAUUCAGAUAGUUUUCAAAAUUAUAACUUGCUGGUGAUAUUAAGGUGAUAACAUUUUUUUAAAUUUGUGGUUUUUGAAAAAAGAAAAUGUGUGUAUUGUUGUGAUAAAUUAACGAGAAAAAAUAAAAGCAAAAUAAAGAAAUUGUAUAGAAUUUUGGGUGUAUAGAUAUUUUUGUGUUGUUGUUAUUGUUAUAAAAUGUUUUUGCACUAAAUAGAUAAGAUUGUUCUGCAGAUACCAAAAGAAGAAGACAAAAAAACCUAAACAAGUUAAAAAAGAACUUUGGUAUCUUGACUAAAGUUAAAAACGAACUGCAAAAAUAUUUAAAAAAAAAAAUCAACAAAGAAAUAACGUCUGUAUUUAAAAAAUAGAUACAAAAACAUCACAAGAUAAUAACAAAUAAAAUAAAUUUUUUAUAAAAAAAUAAAUAAAAUACAACAACAACAUAAAUUUAAAGCAAAUAAACAAGGUGUGGACCGGUUUCUAUAAUUUAAAACGUUUCUUGAACUGAAAUGAUGUUGUCAUUAAAAAUUUAAUAAAUAUUUAGCUAAAAUAAACGACAAACAAUACGUGUCACAAGAAUUUUAUUUUGGAAAAAUCAAUAAAAUUCUAACAAAAUUCUUUUACAACCCACCAGACCAACUAAAAUAAAAUAGCUCAGAUAGCCAAAUAAUAAAAAAUAAAAUAAAGAAAAUACAACAAAGUUGUAACCAAAAUUUAUAAAUAUAUUCCCAGCAUUUUAAACAUUGCAAUACAUUUUUCACUUCAAGAGAUUCCCAACCUCACCCAUGAUUUCUUAGCCAGAUUACGUUGAACAACAGCCGCCCUUAAGAAAACGAACAAAAACUAAGCAAAAGUCAACAAAAUAAACUUUGAACAGCUGUUUUUUGUUUUUCCAUUUUUCUUGGCAAGAAAAGAGCGAGUUUGUUUGAAAGAGAGUUAAGGAGAGCAAGGAAUUUGCGUUUUGUAGUACAAGGAUAAAGUUGGAAUUACUUCAUUUUGCUGAUAUUGCUUAUGGUAAAAGCAUUAGUUAUGCUUGUUAUUUAGACUACGAGCGACAUUGCACGAGAAAAGUUAAGUUAUUAAGGAAAAAUAUAAAUUAAAACAAGAAAAUAAAUGCUGGUGUUAAAAAAAUUAACAAUAAACAAAUUAAGAAAAAGUGCCAAUGAACUAAAAUUUGGAAAUUAAUUAAAGGAAACAAAAAAACUGCUUAAUAAAACAGUUAAAAAACAAUAUAAUUUUAUAGUGAUAUAAUAUUAAACUAUGGACUCACGCGAACUAUUACUAUUUCUGGCCUGCAUGGGCCUUUUAGGAGGUCUACGCUUUACCUCCACCACCACCACAACCUCCUUAGUGGCCGCCAUGUCUAUAGCGAAUCAAGAUCUGGAACGUUAUUUUCAUUCGGCCAAUCGUACACAAACUUUAGCCUCGGAAGAGCGCAUAGCCAUGGAUGUCUAUACUUAUGCUUUCCUCAAUUAUAGUUACCUGGAAAACCAACAGUUAAGGGUGGUCAACUAUCAGGAGGAAAAGGCCCGCUAUGGUGAGGGUAAAAUACUAACGGUUCAGGGCAAACUUAUACAUAUAAGCACGCCCGAAGAUCCCAAAGAUGAUUCGGCCUGUUCAUUUAAUUUGCUGGGCACCAAUGGCCAGCCCAUACCCACAUUUGGUGUUUCGUGGAUAGCUUUGGUUAGAAGAGGACGUUGCACUUUUGAGGAAAAGGUGAAAAAUGUCUUUCUAAAUGGCGCAGCGGGCGUUAUAAUUUAUAACGAUAAGCCCGUUAUGAAUUUGGAAAAGAUGCAGAUUAAGGGUAAAACACGUAAUAUAACUGCUGUGAUAACGUAUCAAGAUAUUGGUCUAGAAAUGGCAAUGCGUCUCGAUCAAGGGUUCGAUGUGUCGGCUCAUAUAAUAGAGGGCCGCAGUGGCAUGCGGCCUAUAAAUAGUUUAAAUAGAACUUCUGUACUAUUUGUGGCCAUUUCAUUUAUAAUAUUAAUGGUAAUUUCUUUGGUUUGGCUGAUAUUCUAUUAUAUACAAAAGUUUAGAUACAUGCAGUCCAAGGAUCAACAGUCGCGCCAUCUUUGCUCUGUGACCAAAAAAGCCAUCAUGAAAAUACCCACAAAGACAGGCAAAAGCACAGAUGAAAAAGAUGCCGAAUCAGAUUGUUGUGCCAUUUGCAUAGAGAGCUACAAAGCCUCAGAUCUCAUAAGAGUGCUGCCCUGCAAACAUGAAUUCCAUAAAAACUGCAUAGAUCCCUGGCUAAUUGAGCAUCGUACCUGUCCCAUGUGCAAAUUGGACGUUUUAAAAUUCUAUGGUUAUGUGUUUAUUGGCAGUGAGGAGAGUAUUUUGGAAUAUCCAUCAGAAUCUACGCCAGAGGCCGCCAUAAGCACUGUGGCCGCCAACACCAACUUAAGACCUACAGGAGCUUUGGCCGACCUAAUAAGAAGUCGUGACUUUGUGAUUGAUUUCCCGCGGGUAUUUGUGUUGGAAGGUGGCAGUGAAACCCGCCGCAGAAGUUCAGUUUUUCAGGAAGGCAUACCCGAGAGAUCACAGUCUACAAUGGGUUUAGCGCAGGCCAAAGAUUGGAUGUGCACGGUGGCUAAUAAAUUGGAAGAACAGCAUGGCUUGAGGAGGACCAGAAAGAAUAGCCAUAGAAUUGAAAUGCAGGAGAACCUUUUAAGCGUUCGCCAAGAAUCCAUGAAAAUGCGACGUUCGCAUUCCACAGAAGGACGCUAUUGUGUGCGCAAAGAACUGGACACAACAGAGCCAAAAUCUAACAACAUGGAGCUUGAUGUAGAAGGUGCCUGUGGUGGUCAAAGUUGCUCUAAUUCUUGUUCAACCAGUCGUCGUAAUAGCAAUAGCACCAUCAUAACGCAACUACAACCAACAGUGGCCUUAAAAUUCGAUAUUUUAAACAAACGUAGAAAAUCUAUUACUACACGUCGUUGCAGUGAUGUGAGCUUAAAGCCUUUGGUGCCGAAUGAAAUGGAACCACCACUAACGACUGACAACAAUUUGCCAAAUAUAACUAUAGAAAUUGUGGAUGAUGAGAAUAAUCAAUAGUAGAUUAGAA